AGCGCUUCCGGUUCCGGGGUAGCGGCGGCGGCCGAGAGGGUUCGGGCCGCUGUUUGUAAACUUGUCUCCCGGGGGAGAGCGCGGAGGCAACGGCGGAGCCCGGAGCCCGCAGCGGCCGAGCCAGGCUCAGAUUAAACCAGAGAAGUGUCUGCAGCGAUAUCGAGGCACGGAGAUCAACUCCCUUUAUCCAGGAUCCAUCCAGAAGCAGGGCUAGGGUUGGGAUGACUCCUCUGUAAAAGCGGUGCAGUCAGUUACCUUCCCGUCUAGCUUCUCCAGCUCUCGGCAGUGCUUGGGGAAGACACCCUUAGAACGCCACACACAAUUCCAGGCUCUCAGAAUCCAGAAAGAUGUCGGCAAAGUGGAGGGUACUGGACAAGACCAGCAAAAAAUGAUUAACUGAAAAAAAAAAAAAAAUCUUUCUAAUCGUAAAAUUCUUUCCCGGGAGAGAAUUAAGGCUAAAGAAUUGUUACAAUCCGUUUGUUGAGGACAGACAGACAAGAUGGCUCAGGCGAGUCUCCUGGCCUGCGAGGGCCUCUCUGGGGUGUGCCUCGUGCCAACUGUUGCCAGCAAGAAGAUGAUGCCAAAACAGAGCUCCAAGCAGACAGAGAAUGGAGAGAGAGGGAACAGCCCGAACAUGCUGGGUCUCCGCCAGGAGAGCGAGAAAUCUCGCAGCCGUAAAGAGGAAGAGCCGGCAGAAGCAUCACAGCCAAAAAAGACCAUUAAAAAGGUGAUGGUGAUUGAGCAGAACGGCUCCUUCCAGCUGAGAAUCCCCAAGAACUUUAUUUGCGAGCAUUGCUACGGAGCCUUUCGGAGCAGCUACCAUCUCAAGAGACACAUCCUCAUCCACACUGGUGAGAAGCCAUUCGAGUGUGAUCUGUGUGACAUGCGCUUCAUCCAGAAGUACCACCUGGAGCGCCACAAGCGCGUGCACAGCGGCGAAAAGCCCUACCAGUGUGAGCGCUGCAUGCAGAGCUUCUCCAGGACAGAUCGGCUGCUUAGACACAAACGAAUGUGCCAGGGCUGCCAGACCAAAACCCCUGACUCGCAGCUGCUGCUUUAGGAGCCAGGGCGAUGUGGUGGAGAAGCUAGGACGUGGACAGGAUUUUCAGUUUUCUGUGUCUGGUUUUGCCUGCUCCUGCUCCCCCGGCCAAGGGGGGGACAGAGCUGAGGACUCUCCUAGACUCUCAGAUGGGGUCCUGACACUGUAAAUAAGAUGAGGAUGAUCUGGAAUCUCGACCCAACCAGCAGAAGCCACAGGCAACUGUGUAUAAACCUUCUUUUCCAUUGGUUUGUUUUUGAAGUAUCACCAUUUGCCUCUCAGGAAAGGCUUCGGGGGACAACAGGGCAAAGCUCGCUACACUCCCCUCAAACUCUUAACACUUGCCAUCACCUGAUCGACCUGCUCCCGCCCAGGUAGAGCUCACAGGUAUGAAAUACAGCGGGGUGGAAAUCAACCGUGUUGUUCUUUGGACUCUUUUUUUUUUUUUUUAACUAGUCUCACCGGAAGAGACCAACAAAGCAGUGGAUUAUAAGCGGCAGCUGUGGAGGAUUUUGGUUCAGGUGUGAAAUGCAGGAACUCAUCUCAGCCGAGAGCUUGGUUAUGAGGUCUGCGGAGCUUUUAUUUCUAGG